AUGGCUGAUUGUCACUUGCUAAAUGUCUCCAACUACUCUCGUUUGGCCCUUGGCCGUUUGACCUUCAAGACACAACUCACUCAGAAACUUAUCACAAUCUUUUGCAGCACUGAGUGUGAACAAGUCAUGAGGAGAAGAAUUUUGGCCAUGUCAUACCAGGAAGAACGAGAACAUCAAUUUCCUGAAUCUCAUUUCGUCGCACGUAUCACGGACUUAGCAGAAGAAACGCUUUCUGAAGUGUCACGGAACUUAAACCAAAGCUCCGAUCCCCUUGCUGUCACACUGUCACCUCAUUUAUAA